ACAGCCUACAGGCCACAGGGAAGGAUUGCCGCCUGGUCCGUGUAGCAGCCACAGCCGCGACACUUCAAUUCCAACAAGGCGAGAACACUUUCAUCUGCCUGCCCCGUACCGUGUGGGGGCACAUUGCGAUGUGCCCUAGCAAAUCCACUUCUGCGGCCCGUACUGGCGUGGCGGAGUGAAGACCCCCAUCAUUGAACCAGGAACCUCACAUCACGGCCCGUGCAACGAGUGCGCGUGAAGUCAUUACGAAACUGAAAGCGAAAGUGGUAGCAGCAAUAUUCGCCAGCCGGCCUGUUGAAAUCAGAAAGGAGAGGCGGAGGCCAAAGCAGGCUUCCGUCGCCGCGAAUUUGAUUCAUUAGUCCACGAAUGGAACGAAUCUCCCUGGUGCUGGGUGUGCCAGACGUGGUGGUAGUGUACUAGUGAGCACAGACUGGCGACAAAUAGACAAAUCAACAGCAGUAACAUCCGUACGGUAACAAAGCUCGCAGCAGUGAACGGCCAGAUCAAAUCGUUUCUUGAAGUGCGCAGCAGAUCAUAGUGCUGGCGUAUCUACUCGAUCGUCAAGAUGGUGAACGUGCAAAUAAGAGAAACACAGAAUCUGUGCAUGGAGAGACGGUCAUCGCUAGCGUUGUUUGGAGCUAGGUUAUGGCAUCAGUAUCAGCAGCAAGAACAGCGGAGUAGCAGUGGUGUCAAAAUGCCCAGCAGAAGAUGUUUAUACCGGAGGGCAUGGAAUUCGCCAGUGGCGCUACAUCGCAGGAUGGUGGCCGUUCUAUUCUUGCUGUUCAUCGCCGUGAUGAGUUUGAGCAAGACGAGUUGCAGAGCGCAGCUGAACGCAAGGGCCGACUUCCAUAUGAACGGCGUUGGUGGCAAUAUUCUGUUCUCGUGGAACCCGCAAUCUCAUCAGAUGACCAUCAACACCAUGGGCCUGAAAGGACUCUCGCCACAAUUAUUGACUAGCGGUCUCACAUGGCAUGUUCACGAGUUUCCUUUCAAACUGAACUCGCCAGACCCAUGCAGUGCGAGCUCCACUGGCGGACACUUCGACCCGCUGGGAAGAGCCAGUGCCCCCAACUAUGCUCAGAUAUGUCAGUCACAAAUGAGUAUGAGGUUCCGUGAUUGUGAGCUGGGUGAUCUCAGUGGAAAGUUUGGUACGCUACAGCUACGAGAGUAUGUUGAGCUUACUCCAAACCUCAGCCUCUCCGGCAACUUUGGAUUCGUGGGCAGGAGCGUUGUGAUCCAUCGCAAUGGCGCACGUUGGGUGUGUGCCAAUAUCGAGCCAGUAUUGCAGCACACAGCCACAUGUGCUCAGGCCGAAGGCUCAAACAAGAGGCGACUGCUGGUAGCGAAAUUCAAAUGGCCGAUCGCCGGUGAGGUGUUCUUCCGCCAGGUGGACACGCGCGACCCAGCAGUACGUCCCACACCACCGAUACCCGCAGGACAGCCUGUCCACACGAGUGUAGUGAACAUAUCCACUGUGGUGCACUCGCAUCUCUACUGGCUGGACCAGACGGCUGCGAUGAGCCCGGCACAGUCGGCGACUUCCUUUCUGCCACCGUCCCAAAUGGCCGGCAACUCGUUCCUCCCGGCUCCGAACCAACCCGCCGCCGCCCUGCCGAUGGGAAUCCGGACGUUUCAGGCAGGACCCGGCGCGUCUCCCGGGUACAUGUGGCAGGUGGAGGCACAUCCAGUACACGAGAAGGCGCAGUUCUCGCCCAACCCGCAAUCACGCUGCAGUGGUACGGGUGCCACUCUUGUGCACUUGACGAGUAUGCUGGGUCCCGUAAGUGUGGGUAUCGAUCCAGACUCGGCCAGCACAAGCAAGUCGCUCUACACAACCAACAACAGUAUGUUCUAUCCGAUUGAUAAUUUUAUACGCCGCUCCCUAGUCCUCCUGGACCCAACUCGUCGGCGCAUAGCCUGCGCGACAAUCCAUGAGGUCCAGCCGGCCACAGCGCUGGCCACACUUCCACACGACAUGGGCACGGUGGAAUUGUCACAAAGCAGUGAGUUUGACAAUACAGAGGUGAAGGCAAACUUCAAUAAGUUGUUCAACGUUGCCAGUGACUAUGGAAUCCGGACUCUCUCCAUGAAACAGAGCAAUGGCAGGGAGAACGCGUGCAAUGAGCGCCAAACUGGACCGAUGUUCAACCCUCUCAGAACACAGUCACCGCCGACCAAGAGAGGAUCACCAAAUCUGUAUCAGAUUGGUGAUCUCAGUGGGAAGUUUGGCGAGCUGCGAAAUCGCUUCAGCUAUCGACGGCGUUUCUGUGAUCCGAAUCUUCCUAUGUUCGGCACCAACAGUGUGGUUGGAAGAUCACUGGUCAUAGACCAUCAGACCACGGGCAACGCUCCCAUUGCGUGUGCCAGGCUUGACAGGACGCCACAGCACAACAGUCGCCUACUCAAGGCAAAGGCUACCUUCACUUCACCGGUCAGAGGAACCGUACUUCUGGAGCAGGAGCAGUUUGCCGACGGGCAGCUUGGCAACACGCACAUCACAUCCUACGGACUGCGUAACUUCAACAGCUGGCAGACUGAUGGCCAUAUGUACCACAUACACAUCAACCGCAUAGGCAUCCUUAGCACACAGUCCGAGAUGUGUUCCAAUGCACAUGCUGGUCCGCACUACAACCCGUUCAACGCCAGUGUGGACGCAACAUACCCCAAGCAGUGCUCACCGCAGAAUCCCUACCGCUGCGAGCUAGGCGACACAUCCAAGAAAACUGGGAAGAUCGCAGUACGCAAUGUGCCACAGUACCACAUCGAUCCAGAUCUACCACUAACCGGGCCACACUCUGCGCUGGGCCGGUCAAUGGUGAUACACAAUCCGAAUGGCGCCGCUGCAAGACUUGCGUGUGGCAAUGUUAUACCGGAGGAUUCGCACGACGUGGUCAUGACAGUCUUGGUCAGUCCACUGCAGUUUAAAGCACAGCACUUUAAGCAGAGGAUGGCCGGGGCGAUGCGCAUCAGUGCCCAGGACGUGCUGUAUCUGAAGUCCUCUCCGCUUGGACCGUGCACGGCCAUCAGCUUUGCACUGCGGCAUCCUCAGGCUGAGCAACUGGCGUCCACCAUCCUUUUGACUGACCUGGGGCCAUACACGCAUGAUGUGAGGUGUGCCGACCCAUCGCAGCUUGUCGCUGCUACUCCGCGCAAUGGUCAAAGAGAUCGUGAUGAUGAUGAUGAUGAUAACUCCUCUGCACAGCCAGUCUCUCCCGCUACACACCUUGUUCUGCUGGUAGCGCUGUGCCUUCACCAGUUGCAAUGGGGAGUUGAUCUCACGAUAUAAACCGGCUUAGCCUAAACGUGAUGUAGUGUGCAGACCUGAUAGGCACAUGCAAUGCUUGAGUGCAUGGGUUACAGGCCAGUGAUAGGCACAUGCAAUGCUUGAGUGCAUGGGUUACACACCGGUGCUAAUACAUAGUACAUGUACUCGCAUAUGCCGGAGGUCAAAUUGCAGUGUCACAUUUUUUAUUCGUUUGAUGUAAUUCUAGUCUUCCUGAACUGUUCGGUGCCGGUUCUUCAGUUGGUAUUGUUGAGCAUUCCAUUCACACAAAAUUAAUACAGAUUUGAUGUGCGGUUCAAACUGCAAACUGGCUGGUUCAACCCUUGAUCACAGUACUAUUAUAAUAGCAGUCUGUAUGGACUGUAAGCCACCAGUUCCGGCAAGUUCUGUUGAGCAAGAUUAGUAAUGAAUUAUGCCGAUGUCAUGCAUGUAUCAUGCCCGGUACUGGUUCCAUGCGCACUGUAGUCAUUGGGCACAUGCGAAUGCUGCAGGCCUACCCGGACUGUGAUCAUGGUGAUGCCUAUCCUGCUUUUCUACCGUGUUGAAAUCAUGGUGCAGAGGAGUGAAUAGGCCAUAGUAGCAUGCGCCACCAUCAUCUUACAUCAUAGCAACACUAGGUCAUCAUGGUCAUAGUGACACAUAGCACACUGGCACAUUGUAUUAUCUUUGUCUGAUAUCAGUAUUUGAAAUUACUGCCCCCGGUUAUUUCCUAGUAUUCUGGCAUCAGCUUUACAUUGAUUAACUCAGUACCAACACAAUUCAGUUCUCUAGCUUUUUAUAAUUGUGACAGCCCUCUUUCAUGCAGCAGCAUUUUAAUAUAUAGAAAAGAUUAUCCUGUGCUACUGGCUUAUGCGAAUACAACUGCCCCCGUUUGAUUAAUUUGUCCAACACCGUUUUGCACGAAAGCGGUUCAGUGU